AUGUCAGAAGAUGAAGAAUUGCAAUUUAAUCUAAUGUUCAAUGUAAUUGUUGUUGAAAAUAUUAAACCAAAUGUAAAGGAUUACAAUGUUCUAAAUUCAGUUACAAGCUUCGGUAGAUAUAUUAAAAUUAAUGUAACUACCAAUUCGCCAUUUACAGGAUAUUUAAUGGGAGCUAUUGGAGAUUCAUAUUAUACUAGUUUUAUAAAUUUCUUUGGUGGUAAAUAUUCACAAAAAUUUGAAUCCACAGAAACAGAGGAUCCAGGUUAUAAAACAUAUUUACUCGAUUUCACAGUACCAUCAGAUCUACUAUCAUAUAUCUCUGGUAUUAACUAUUCCAUAUACACCAGUUUUCCUUCAGCUUACGACUUAUCAGAAUUUAUUCUCCAUUUGCUUCCAAUAAGAGAAUAUUCUCUCAAACUAAAAUUUGUAAAUUUAUUUGGCGAAGAAUCAAAUGAAAUCCAAUUUCCAAUUACUAUAACAAAUGAAACACUGCCAGAAUUAUUCCUUAUGUUUCAUCAAGUCGAUACAGUACCUUUAGAGGAUCAAGAAUUACAAUGUAGAAUUACUUAUUUAUUUGGUCAAAAAUGCACAAUAUUUUAUUCAGUUAAUGGAGAAUCGCCAACUAUCGCAAAAAGAAUAGAAGAUGCUUGGGAUGGCUUUAUUUAUGAUAAUAUUAUCAUUUCUCACCCUGAAACUGCUGGAACUUAUGAAUAUUCGUUUUGGAUUGAAACAGAUGAUGGCAAACAUUCUAAUAAUCAAUCUAUCCAGAUUACAUAUCAUGGAGAAAUAAAUCAUGAACCAGAAGAUUUUAUUAAUUCAUACUUACAUUGCCAUUAUUUAAGUUCCUAUACUAUAUCACAGGAUUAUAAUCUUGAUUUCCCUUGUACAAUCCGUGGGAUGAGCAAAUAUUUUGAAAUAAAUUUCAAGGUUCGAUACGUAUAUUUAGAAGAUAAUUCGACAGUUGUGAAAGAGUAUCGAUUAAAUAGAAAUACAAUGACUGAAAGGUUUGAAAUUCUAUUAAAAGCCAAUGUUUCCGAUUUUAUUAAAAUUGGAAACUAUGAUCUUUAUUUAUCUUUAAAUGAUGGCCUAAAUUCCAGUGAAGAAACUAAAUACUCAAUUACAACUUAUUCAAGUCCAGUGUUAAUAUCAGUUAAUUCUUCAAAAACAGUUUUUAGCGUAGGCGACUCGAUUAAUUUACUGACAAUUUUUAAUACCACACUAAAACAAAACAGAGGUGUUUACAUUGGCUAUAAAAUUGAUGAUUCUUCAAAAGAAAUUAAUAAUUAUUAUUCUAUUCAAAAUCAAUAUAAUGAAAUAACAAUCAACAUCCAAGAAACAAUUUAUUUAACUGGACCCCAUAGUAUUCAUGUGAAGAUUGAAGCCGAUGGUCGUAAAAGCAAUACAUUAACUUUCAAUUUUGAAAUAUCAACAAGUAUUAAGCCUAUAAUUAAAGUAAAAAGUUUAACUGAUAGGUAUAGCUUUACAAUGCCAGACAUGGUAGUACCUUAUCAAAUCGGAGUUAUUGAUUAUAAUAUUGGACAAGAAGUUAAUAUAUAUGUGAAAGACGAUACUGAUAAUAUUCAAUUUAUAAGGACUAUAAUAGCUAAUAGGAAAUACGAAUAUUUUAACUUCAAUUUUCAAUUUCCUUAUGCUCAGAAACGAAACAUUUUGACAUUUUUCGCAAAUGAUACAUCAGGAUUUUAUAGUGAUACUUUGUCUAAGAGUUUUUAUGUAGAUUCACAACCGAAUGUUAUAGUUAUUUCUGAAAAAAUGAAGCGCCGUUAUCUCAUGAAUUCUAAUUGCACAAUAGAAUAUUACAUUACAAACCCAUUACCAGGAUCACGCCAUAAAGUCGAAUAUAAAAUAAACAAUGAAAUAAUAACAACUCAUGAAGAUAUUCUUAUUUUGGAUAAUUAUUCGUCUGGUUUAAAUAUUUAUGAAAUUCAACUUCCUGAUAAAUACGCUGAAUAUAAUGUUGAAAUUUCAAUUAAAGGAUUAGGAUGGCCAAAAGAAAUAAGAUUUGUAGUUGAUAAUCCUCCUGUUAUUGAAUGGAUAAGCAACAUAAAAGACGAGUAUGCAUUAUCAGAGAUUAUAGAAAUUAAUCUAAGUGUUAAAGCUUCUACAUCUAUAUAUAUUCAGUAUAAAGUAUCAGAUGAAGAUAGCUGGAUAAAUACCAGUCGAAAAGAUGAAAUUAAAAAUAUUACACUUAAAAUUCUAGCUUCUGACAAACCUGGGUGGCACAAUCUCAGUAUUCAGGUAUUCAUUAUUGAUAAAUUUGAAUCCGAAAUAACUUCAAUGAACUAUUAUGCAACAAGCAAACAUGCACCAAUUUUGAAUAUUGGGUCAAGUCCUAAUUUUAAAUUCCAUGAGAAAAAACAAAUCAAAAUAGAAUCGAAUGAUCAAGAUUUAGGAAAUAAGGUCGACGUAUUUCUUAGCAUUGAAGAUGGAAAGUUCAAUUUUUUAUAUAGUUAUAUAAGUACAAAAGAAUUUAAUAAAUACAAUUACAUUUAUAACGAACCACUUGUUGCAGGAUCACACAAAUUAACUUUCAUGGCUAUAGAUGAAACAAAUAUUUCAACCACAAAAACAGUAACAUUUGAUCUUGUUCAAUAUCAAACAAUUGAUUUUAUUGGAUAUUUUGAUUCAACAUAUCCUUCAAAUUUUGUUUUAAAUAAAUCCCGAUAUAUUAAGGACUAUUUGCCAGGAUCAAAGGUUGCAAUAUUUUAUGAGUUUGAUUCACACAAACAAUACAUUCAGGCUUCAGAAUAUGUUUAUAUUAAUGAAUCUUGCAUUAGCGAAUUAAUAGAUUGCAGUAUAACAAUGCUAUCAAAUACUGGAAUGCAUACUUUAAAGAUAAUUGCAAUGGAAGAAGGAAAUUUGAAUCCAAGCAAUAAAAUAGAGUACAAGAUACAUGUAAAUAAUCCUCCCAAACUUCUAUAUUGGGAACCAAUUAAAGAGAAAUAUUUCAAAAACUCAAAUAUCGAAAUAAAAUGCAUUUUGAAAGAUUCCGAUCGGGUCAGUAUAAGGUAUAGUUUUAACGAUGUUGAAUAUUUUUGGGAUGGAAAAUAUUAUGAUUUGAAUGAUGAUAAUUCUACUAUUUCAAUAGAUAUACCAUUACCUGAUAAUUUAAGAGCUGGAAUUAAUUACAUCGAAAUAUAUUUUAGAGAUUAUUUCAGUUUAGACUCAGAAAAAAUGAAUCAAUCAUUUGUUUUUGAUAUUAAUGAAGCUCCGAAAGUCAACGUUUCGCGAAAUUAUAACUCAUAUUAUAAAUUCCACGAAAAUGUGACAUUUAAUGUCCAAUUAUUUGAUGCAAAUCCAGUAUAUAUAAUGAAAUCACUAAAUGGAAUUAUAUAUACAAUUCUAUUCAAGUUCCAUUGUUAA